ACCGGCUGAUCUCUGCACAGGACAAUCUCUCGAAUCCAUUGCCUACGAGCAUUGAUCUUGACCACCUCACAACUUUGGUUUUGUCGCCGCCAAUCAUCUCAAUUAUGCCUGCUUCAUCUCCAAUAUUGCCGUUGAAAGCUGCUAUGAGCCCCCGCGCUUUUCAACUUAAGACUCGUCCGAAGGCAUUGCCAUGUCCGUCGACAUCACGAGGUGCCAACAUACAAUUAUCGAGAUCUAUCACAAAUGGUGGCGCUGGCGCCGCUGCUGAUGGGACCCAUUCAAAUGCAACACAGACUCGACGAAGCCUCUCGGCUGCUCAACGCAAAUAUCUCGACUCAGCGUUGCGGGUGAAUCAGGCGGGCGAGCUAGCCGCCACCCUGAUUUAUACCGCUCAGAUCCCUCCAAUUGUCAAAACGCAUCCUCACCUUCGACCCCUCAUGAAGCAUAUGUACGAUCAAGAGGCCGGUCAUUUCAGCACUUUCAAUGAACUCCUUGCUAAACAUCGCAUUCGCCCCACGGCCAUGUACCCUGUAUGGCACGCCGCUGCCACAGUGCUUGGAUGGGGCACUGGUAUGCUUGGUCGUGAGGCUGCUAUGGCAUGUACAGAAGCAGUCGAAACAGAGAUUGGCGACCACUACAAUGCUCAGGUUCGAGAGCUGCUAUCAUGGUGCAAGGACAUGGAGGAACGUGGCGAAGACAUCGGAGACGAGUUGCGAACUCUGGUAGAGCGCAUCCGCAAGAUACGAGACGAAGAGCUGGAGCACUUAGAUCAUGCCGUGGCCAAUGAUGCUAAGGAUGCAAAUCCAUACGAGCUGCUUACGGGAGCCAUCCGUGCUGGUUGUCGUGGUGCGAUUUGGGUCAGCGAACGGGUUUGAUGACCACUCGUUAUGAAGGGAGGGGCUUGUCCAUCGAAAACACUUUUACGGAGAUUCUUCCGUACAAGCAAUUGUAAUCGCCUAUAUGAGUUUCGUUUGUACAUUUGGGCAUCGGCAUCUGCAGAUUGUGUUAUAGAUAUUGCCCUCAGCCACUACCUAGAUAUAGACCGGAGGCACAUCCGGAUUGUGAAACAUCAGGUGAGAAUACAGCUGCUUGAUGGCGUACGUUGGGUCUCACCCUUUUUUCGUGUGGCGCUCUUUCCUCGCCGGCAGAUUUGACCGUCGAUCGUCUCUUGGUGC